AUGCCUCGUGGUCAGAAGAGUAAGCUCCGUGCUCGUGAGAAACGCCGCCGCAACCGAGGUGAGACCCAAAGUCUUAAUGCUCAGGCCACUACAGCAGGGGAAGAAGAGACCACUUCCUCCUCCUCUCCUGCUCCUGGAGAUGCUCCUUCAAGCUCCUCUGUUGCUGGCACUCCUCAUGGGCCUCAGAAAGCCCCAGCCACGACCAGUGCUGCUGCAGGUGUCACACGCUCAAGAUCUGAAGUAGGUGCCAAGGGCCAAGUUGAGGAAAGUAAAAAUUCCACCCAGGCCUCAACUUCCAGUGAGAGCUCUCGCAAAGAUCCUCUAACCAGGAAGGUGGGGAUGUUGGUGCAGUUCAUGCUCUUUAAGUAUAAAAUGAAGGAUCCCGUUAAAAAGGCAGAAAUGCUGAAGAUUGUCAACAAAAGGUAUAGGGAGCAUUUCCCUGAGAUUUUCAGGAGAGCCUCUGAGCGCAUGGAGCUGGUCUUUGGCCUAGAGUUGAAGGAAGUCAAACCCAACAGUCAUUCCUAUACCCUUGUCAGCAACCUAGAUCUCCCCAACGAUGAGAAUCCAGGUGGUGGCUGGGGCUUUCCUAAGAAUGGGCUUCUGAUGCCCCUCCUGGGUGUGAUCUUCUUGAAUGGCAACCGCGCCUCUGAGGAGGAGAUCUGGGAAUUCCUGAAUAUUUUGGGCCUCUAUGAUGGAAGGAAGCACUUCAUCUUCGGGGAGCCCAGGAAGCUCAUCACUGAAGAUUUGGUGCAGGAAAAGUACCUGGAGUACCGCCAGGUGCCCGACAGUGAUCCUCCUUGCUAUGAAUUCCUGUGGGGCCCCAAAGCCCACAUUGAAACCAGCAAGAUGAAAGUCCUGGAGUUUUUGGCCAAGGUCAAUGAUACAGUCCCCAGUGCCUUCCCACCCCAUUAUGAAGAGGCUUUGAGAGAUGAGGAAGAGAGGGCCCAAGCCAGAGCUGCAGCCAGGGCUGGCACUGGUGCCAUGGCCAGUGCACGCUCCAGGGCCACAUCCAGCCACUCUUCUCGCCCCUAUUGA